UGUGAUUGUGACAGGCAGGCACUACGUUGUCAGUCGUAGCUUCUCUGAGUUGCGUGAAGAAAGUGAAACUGCCGACCAAAUGGAGUUGCCAUGGGGAAUGCUGUUCAUGCUGACUGGCGCUCUGGUAUCUGAAGCGGUCCUGGAAAACUAUUACCCGAAACAGAACAUUACCUGCUCUCAGGGUCUUGCUCGAUGCAGAGCAAAGGAGGCAUUCCCUCUGGGGCUGCAUGACUUUGGACCUGUGGAAAUUUUGGGUCUUGAUGUGAAACCUAUGCUGUGCUGUAAAGAGAAUAGAAAAUGCAAAACAUGCGUACACACCAGAAUCCUGCUCAGAAUUCUUCCUAAAGACGAUGAGGGGGAGAAAAGAUCAGGAGAACAUGAAGACAGUGGGGAUGCAGCCGCAGUAACAGUGUGCUUCCUCUCUGGCCCAAAUCUCCCCCACUGCUGGAAAGUUAACUUUGUAGUGACUCCUAAUGCACGUGAAAACCAUUCAAAAGCUGAGCUAACCGUGGUGCAGUAUGAUGGCAUUUUCCUGGGGACCACUGUGAAUGUCACGGUGAAGUCUAUGGUGCGUUCAGUGAGGUUCCCCCACCUGAGUGAAGCUUGUGCCUUUACAGAUAUAGAAGAAUGCAAAACGCCUAGAAUCUACCCGGAGAUUGACAGGCAUAAGGGUGUGGUUGAGCUGAAAGAAGCCAGUGAGGAUCUGAACCAGCCUAAGUCAUUGCUGAUGUGUAUGAAGAGAGGACGCCAGGGAAUGUGUUUGAAUCUUCCAUCAAGCAAAUGGACCAUUCCACUGCACGCUGUCACCCCUUGCCUGUGUUUCCAGGCAUGGAGAGAGGAAACACCAUAUUCUCGAUCUGAAUUUUGCCCUUUUAGUAAUAACACGGAGUUCCAGAAGAACAUUAUGAAAAAUGUAUCCCUCUCAGUGGCCCAUGCUGUAAGCAACAAGGGUCAUCCAGUGUUGAGCUGGAACUUGACCGCCCCCUGCAGGCUGGAGGCAGAACUGUGGCCAUGCCAAAUGGAGGCAGAGUCAGACAGUGGCUGUAAGGAGGUGCAGGGCUUCAGAGUGACUCUCGGCACUUACUCUCAGUGGCAAGAAAAUGUCACCACACUGUGGACAUCCGGCACAUUUGAGGAUUUGGUGGAUAUUCAUUCUACAAAUCUGUUUUUGCAUUGUAUGAUGGUUAAGCUGGAAGAGGAAACAUUAGGUCCUCUGUGUCAACAUGACAUCCGCAGGGGACGCUGGAGCAUUCUUGUGCUUGUGACCCUUCUAGUUUUCAGCCUGACUGUGUUUGGCAUGUAUGUGCUUAGGGAAAAACUCAAAGGAUGGCAUUCAAACUGGGACAAAAGACAUCACUCUAAAGAAGGACUUGGUGAAGUGCUGCUCUUGCACACUUCCGAGGCGGAUCAGGGCAGUUUGGUGUGCGGCCUGGGCACGGUGCUGUCUGAAAUUGGUUUCAGGGUGUACCUGGACCUGUGGAGCCAGGCAGAGGUGUGCUCAGUGGGACCAGCUCCGUGGCUGCAUUCACACAUCAGCCACCUCCACAAACACAGUGGCAAAGCCCUGAUCUUGCUCUCCGGCUCUGCCCUGGACAGGGCCAAGGGUUUUUGGGAUAUCUGGAAUGAAGAGAAGAAUGGAAAAGGACAAUUGCCAGACAUGAAGGAGAAUGGAAUAGUGGGUGACAAACCCUUGCCCGGGAUCUCUUUGGAUGUGUUCGGUUCUGCCCUCGGCUGCAUUCUCAGUGACCACCUGAAGGAUGGUGCUGCUGACCACUUCGCCCUGGUGCAGUUUGACUCACAUAAAUUCAUAAACAGAGAAAUGGAUGUGCCAGAGCUGUUCCAAGGUCUGCGGCUGUAUCAGCUGCCCUCCGAGACAUGCCGGCUCCUCACAGAGCUCCAUGCGGAUCGGCCAGAGAGCAUCAGCGCACAGCUGAAGAUGGUGCUGUGGCUCCGUAGGGCCUCCAGGAGGCUAGCGAAGGGGCUGAGGGAUUCUGGAAAAGAGUUGCGGACACGUGCAGACUCCAUGUUCACACAGUUGGACGUUCUGAGUAUGGAGGGAGAAGAGACUGUAAUUUAAGAUGUAAAUCACAUCAUUGCACAUCAGUAACUGAAGUCAUGAGUUCUGCAGUGAUCUCUGAAUCCAGUACAACUUCUGUGAAAAGAAGUACUACAUAUGAAGGAAAAAUACCCCUCAUCUAUUGAUGUGUCUUUGAAGGACUUUAUUAAGGACAAAUCAUAGUUUACUGCCAUAAUCUAUAGACAUCUGAGUAUACACAACCAGAUCUGGUACAUUUUCAGUGAGUGGACAGGUGUGGAAUUAAAUCUGACUGGUUGCUGUAAACUCCAAUGUUGAAAUAUUGGCAGGACUCUACACCCAGUUUUGGGCCAUGACUCUUCAGUUAUGCAUUUCGUGAAGAGAAACAACAAACCUCAUUUAGAAUUUCUCAAGAGAAAAUUGCCAAUUGAUAUUUGUAUGUUCAAUUGAGGUAACAGUUUGCUGCAAACUUUUCAGGCUAAGCUUUAAAAGUGGUUGUCUAGCCAGGCAGUGAUGGGGAACUCCAUAUUGUAGACUAUAGUAACAUCUACUCAGGAAAUCACCAAGCCCUUCAGGAACUGAGCAGAACCGUCCAAGUUAAACACAACCAGGUGAUGCCACAUACCUCUGCAUGACUGAAACUCCGACAAUUAUUACGUAAUUGUAUUAAUUCUGUUAUGUUACUUUUCAGGAAUAAAUAUAGACAAUCGGAUGAAGAGAGACAUAGUUUUCCACUGUUUACAAAUGUUUUAAAUGUAAAUAAAUGACAUUAUUUAAAGACUUA